GGCUAGCUGAACAAACUCGCCGUGGGCGAGGCUUGUCGGUGUAUGUAGCAGGUACAACAGGUUGUUCAUCCGCAAGCUCAGUCGCGUGACGGCACGCAGGACUUGACAUCCCCGCAGCUAAGCCGAGCCCAGUCGGAACCAAACCAAAGCUGCAGGGUUAGCAAAAAAGACACGAGACGAAGAGAGAAGACAAAAAAAUGAAGGAUAAAGCAACUGCACGGAGCCCGUUCGUGUGAAUCAGCUUCAACAUCAAAUGAAGGACUUCAAGUGUGGAACUGUCCAUCGAGUAUGGCUGCCUUGACUUGGGCAGAGGACUUAGACUUCAUAGAGUGGACUCGUAGACUUUGUAGAGUGAUCUGGUAGCGUGCACUUGCAAACUUGAUAGACUUUUGGACAUUGUAGAGCCGGUCUUGAAGGACUUGAUUGGAGGUGGUGAAGUGGACUUAAAGACUUGUGACCUUUGUAGAUGGAAAUGUGUUGACCUUGAAAGAUGUAGUCCUUUCCAAAGUGCACUUGUUGACUUGAAAAUUGUCGCUCAAGUUCCAAUUUGGAGGAGCAGACUUUCAGAUUGAGAAGGUUGGGGAUGCAAUGGCGUCCAAGGAGUCUUUGUUGUCGGGCUUGUCUGCUCUGAAGGAUGGCGAUCCUCCUCCUUACAUCCACCCUCACUACAAGGAGUCCUACCGUCUGGCCAUCUACGCGUUGCUGUGCGGAGGCAAGGAUGCCUACUACGACUUCCUCCAGGCCGAGCAGAUCAACCACUUCCUGUCCGAGAAGGAGAUCCGCUUCAUCUUGGAGAACGCCGAGGUCCCCCUGAUAGACGACGUCGAUGACGUGGAGGUGCGGCGCCCCGCAGGCGAGCCCGGACCGUCCACCUACUUCCCGCUGGAGUCGGACGAGGAGGUGCCCGACCUUGAGCUGGGCUGGCCCGAGGUGACUCUGGAGAACCAGGACACCAGCAUCAGUUUACUCUUCCACCCGCCCAGGGCCAACACACCCACCAUCAAGGAGGUGGUCCGCAAGCAGAUCCAGGAUGCCAAGCAGGUGAUCGCCAUAGCCAUGGACGUCUUCACAGACGUGGACAUUUUCAAGGAGGUCCUGGGCGCCACGCUGCGGGGGGUGGUGGUCUACAUCCUCCUGGACGAGGCCCACUUUGGCAGCUUCCACGCCAUGUCGCACAGAGCAGGCGUCAACAUCCAAGACCUCAAGAACAUUCGCGUGCGGACGGUGCGAGGUCAGCAAUAUCGCUGUCAGUCCGGCGUCAAGUUUCACGGCGGCUUGGAGCAGCGAUUCAUCCUGGUGGACUGCCGCAGCGUUUUGUAUGGAACCUACAGCUACACGUGGUCUUUUGAGAAGAUCAACGUGAGCAUGGUACUGGUGGUCACCGGUCAGCUGGUGAGUUCCUACGACGAAGAGUUCCGUCGCCUCUACGCACGCUCCACCGUCCCCGAAGCGUUGCAGGAGCGGUCGCGGGUCGAGUACCUGCGAGACGCGGCGCUCCUGCGUAGUCCAAACUCCAGCCAACUUUCACUGCAUCAACUCCACGUUCGAUCUCGAGGAACCCGGGGAUUGAGGGCUCAGGAUGAGCUCUUGGAUUCACCCGCCAUGAUGACCAGGGGCCUCAGCAUGCAGGACCGCCUACAUCUGUCCCACUUUCCCGACCACAUGACAAGAGGCCACAGUUUUGGUGGAGAAUUGCAGAGGUUAAACUCCAUGACUCGGCUGAGGAUGGGAACCAAAGACAUCCUUCCAGACAGGAGCAGUUCCGGCCUGCUGGUGCCCAACCGGAUGUCUCACCAACUUGUUCAACACCAAAGUCGCUACGGUUUGGAUCAGAAUCUGAUCCCUUUCAACUCCGAGACCUCCCUUCACAGGUGGAAGAUGGAUACGUACCUGAACAGCCAGAUGAACCUCGACGGAGCGUACGACGCCUUGUCCCCGCUGACGUCGCCGUACAACAGCCGCACGGGACUCAACGACCAUCAGCCGCCGGGGAUCCACAACAGAUCCAGGGAUAUCAAGUCCCGCUUGGACGAGAUCCGGCAAAAGAGACUCAGUUUACAGGAGUGCAACAAUCUCAGGCAAAGCCAAGAGUCCUUGCGAACCAUGUACCAAAGUCUGGAUCGGCCCAAGUUCAAAUCUUCGUUGAGAGGCCUCGACGCAAGGCAGAACGUCGCGGAGGAGGACGCCAACCACAAAGAUCUCGAUUCGCAGCCGGUGGAUGACAGCAGCAGCUCCACUUUGUACUUUGACAUCCAAAGAGGUCCCGAGCAAAAGGCAACCCCAGCGUAUGAAUGGCAUGAACCGCUUGCCAGGACUACUUCGGCCAGCCAACUGGAGGACAAACUCAAAGAGUCGCCCCUUAAGUACCCCGGUGGUCUCCAGCGCCCCAGAACCAUGGAGUCUCUCAUUGAAAUCCCAGAGGAGAAAGAAGGUUGCAGUAAUCCCGUCAAUAGUGCCAGAAACCAAGACAAUAAUUCCAAAAAGCACUUGACUGAGAAAAAACCAAGAUCUCAAGAGACAGAGCCGGAUUCUCAAGAACUAAAGUCGGCUCAUGAAAAGGGAACUCUUCCAAAGAUCUUGACUUCCUCGGAGGUGAAAGGUCAUCAUCGGGAGGAUUCCACGCUUCAGCGGAAGAAUUCCACCAGAGUCAAAACCUCAGAAGAAAAGAAGACUUCCAAGAAGGAGGAGAAAUCCCUCCAAAGGAAGGCCUCGUUGAGAUCUCAGAACUCUUCCGGCUCAAACUCGCGGGCGUCUCUCGUGGGAAAAACCGCCACCGACCACCGAAGCAGCCAGAACUCCAUCGGCAGGUCCACGGCGGACAGCGAAAAGCCAAAGUCUUCGUUCACCUUCCACCGAUUUUCAUCUCAGCGCUCCAGCAAACGAAAGCCCACGACGGAGACGGCGGGGGAAAAUCCGGAAGAGCAGCAAAAGGCGGCUUACGAGAGCCGGCGAGAAAAGGCCUACAGUCGCUACGAGUACCUGCUACAUUCUAGCGUCCCUCUACACAAAGCCAAGCGAGGCGAUGGAGUGCAGCUCUCAGACAACGACCCGGCGUACCAAGCACACGCCGGCGGCGCUGACAACAAACUAGGACGGUUUAUGCAGCGGGUUGGGAAUCUCAUCGGGAAAAACAAGUAGACCAGAAGACGGUGAAUGUCGUCAGGUGCUCGCAAUCUUCUUGCUUUGAAGAGACACAAAUGCGACGUCUUGUAUCCCUCAACGCCGAGGUUCUCGGCCUGAUGGAAAUACAACGGAAUCUCUGUGACUGGACUUGACUUGGUUUUUCAAGACAACUCAGGACAGACUUGAAACUUCACAAGUCACAUUUCAACUAUAAGCUAUAAAAACAAAACGACAUCUUCUACUUCAGCUUUAUUUGUUAACCGUACCACGGUAGCAAUGACACGGCCAUUCAAACACAUCUUAUGUUUUGAUUUGAUCGUGGCAAGAUUCUAGAUAAAAUAUUCCAGGCACUUGUU